UAGAUUCGAACGCCGCGGCAGUGGAAAAGGAAAGGUCCAGCUCGGCAUCGGCCUCUCUUUCCACCCAACCUCUUCAAACGCACGAAAACAAUCCGCUGCGCAGGCGCAGUCUGCCCCUGUGCGCGAGCCGCGGCGCUCGAGUUCGCCGGCGUUGUUGCGCGCGAUCCUCGCCGCCGCCGCCUUCCGCUCUCCUCAUCCUCUCCACGCCCGUCAGUGGCGAUGCUGAGCGGAGACGAAGGAGAAGAGGAAGCAGCCGCAUCUGCGUCUGCCUCCGCCUCCGCAGGCGGGGGUGCUCCUUCGCCGACCCCCGUCGCCUCACCCCGAGCGACGACAGCGGCCGCAGAGGAAGCGGGGGCCGCCAUAACCGACGUCCCCGUCCAAGAAGAAGGAGCAGCGGACGGCGAUGAGGAGAAAAAGGACGACGACGAAGAGGAGGAGGAGGAGGAAGCGGCGGCGGCGGCGGCGGCAGCUGAGGCGGAGCGAGACACCCGGCAGCGCUACGAGGACCUGUGCAGCAGUCUCAACAUGGACGAGCGCGCCCGAGCUGAGGCCUGGCUGAGCUACCAGAGCAUGAGGCGGAAUUACACCCUGGAGGGAAAUGAUCUACAUUGGCUAGCAUGUUCUUUAUACGUGGCUUGCAGAAAAGCUGUCCCAACAGUGAGCAGAGGAACCGUUGAAGGAAACUAUGUGUCUUUAAUAAGAAUAUUGCGCUGCUCAGGACAAAGUUUGAUAGAAUUUUUUAACAAGAUGAAGAAAUGGGAAGAUAUGGCAAAUCUACCCUCCCAGUUCAGAGAACGUACCACAAGAUUAGAAAGAAACUUUACAGUUUCUGCUGUAAUUUUUAAGAAGUAUGAACCCAUUUUUCAGGAUAUUUUCAAGUACCCCCAAGAUGACCAACCACGCCAGCAGAGAGGAAGAAAACAAAGGAGACAGCCUUGCACAGUCUCUGAAGUUUUUCAGUUUUCCUGGGUGCUGUUUGUUUAUGCAAAAGGCAAUUUCCCUAUGAUCAGUGAUGACUUAGUCAAUUCCUACCAUCUAUUAUUAUGUGUCCUCGAUCUAGUCUAUGGAAAUGCUCUCCAGUGCCCAAAUCGUAAGGAGCUUCUGAAUCCUAGUUUUAAAGGGCUGCCUGAAGACUUCCAUAGUAAAGAUUUUAAGGUAGUGUCUGAAACUCCUUGCAUCAUUGAAAAGCUCUGCUCCUUACAUGAUGGCUUAGUAUUGGAAGCCAAGGGCAUAAAAGAACAUUUUUGGAAGCCCUAUGUGAGGAAACUUUUUGAGAAAAAGAUUCUAAAGGGAAAGGAAGAAAAUCUGAUGGGCUUUCUAGAUCCUGGAAACUUCGGAGAAAGCUUCAAAGCCAUCAACAAGACCUAUGAGGAGUACAUAUUGUCAGUUGGAAAUCUAGAUGAGCGAAUAUUUCUUGGAGAUGAUGCAGAUGAAGAAAUAGGAACUUUGCGAAGAUGCUUAAAUACAGCCUCAGGCAUGGAAACAGCCAAAAGAGUUCAAGUGAAAUAUAAUCUGCAAGAGCAUUUUGAACGAGCAAAAUCCUUUAGAAUAGCAACACCUCUUACUGGUCGAAAGUAUAUAAAGGAGAGCGACCCGUGUACAAGUCCCAUUUCCAUAGCCACAUACAGCUUGACUCGACUUCAUACAAUGCUGACAGGCCUGAAAAAUGCCCCUAGUGAAAAUCUUGAGCAGAUUCUCAGGGCUUGUUCCAGGGAUCCUUCUUUGUCAAUUGCCAACAGGGUGAAAGAAAUGCAUGACAUUUAUUGUCAGAGAACACCAUCACAGGGAGAACCUGGUAACUUUUCUAAAGAAAUUGUUGGAAAACACUUUCGUCUUGCUGAGGUCCUUUAUUAUAAAGUAUUGGAGUCUGUCAUUGAGCAAGAAAAGAGAAGACUAGGAGAUGCUGAUUUAUCUGGGAUCCUGGAGCAUGAUGUGUUUCACAGAUCUCUCAUGGCUUGCUGCCUUGAGAUAAUUAUUUAUUCUUACAAAGCAACUGAUAGUUUCCCAUUCAUCGCUGAUAUAUUUGAUGUUCCUGCCUUUCACUUUUAUAAGGUGAUAGAGAUUCUGAUUAGAGCAGAAGAUGGCCUUUGCAGAGAGGUAGUGAAGCACCUCAAUCAUAUCGAAGAGCAGAUUUUAGAAAGUCUGGCGUGGAAAGUGGAAUCGCCGUUGUGGGACAAAAUAAAAGAAAAUGAAAAUAAAGUUCCCACAUGUGAGGAGGUAAUGCCAUCUCAGUAUUUUGAAAAAUCAAAUGGGAACAGUGUGGCAGGUUCCCCUUUAACCCCAAGGAGACCGAAUGAGAUUCGUGCUGAAACUGGAACACUGGGAAAGGGUCUUUCAUCUUCUCCAACCACGCUUUAUGAGAGAUACAACUCUCCAACAAGUAAUCCUACGAGGAGAAGGCUCUUUGUUGAUAAUGACCCCCCUACUGAGGCCACUCGGACUCCUGUGAGGGUCUCCCAGCAGCCCGUGAUCAGUACAAUGUCUGUUCAGAACGUCUCCACAGAAACAAUACCUGUCACUCCUGUGCCUGGGCAGACUUUAGUUACUGUAGCAACUGCAACUGUGACUGCAAAUAAUGGACAGACAGUUACAAUACCGGUACAAGGCAUUGCCAAUGAAAAUGGAGGAAUAACUUUCAUUCCAGUCCAGGUCAACGUAAGUGGGCAGGCCCAACCACUGCCCAGUGCCAUCCAGCCUCUCAGUGCCCAGACCCUUGCUGGGACUCUCAGUACUCAACAAAUGACUGGCCCAGCCCUUCAGAUACAAGGCCAGUUCCAGCAGAUUGCCCUUCCCGGAGAGCGACAAAAGCAGCAAAUGGGCAGUAGCAGUGUUAAGUCCAGGAAGGCCGGCUCACUCUCACUCUUCUUUAGAAAGGUAUUCCACUUAGCAAGCAUCCGUCUGCGGGAUCUCUGUCUUAAACUGGAUAUUUCAGAUGAGCUGAGGAAGAAAAUAUGGACAUGUUUUGAGUUUUCACUGGUACAGUGCUCUGAACUCAUGAUGGACCGGCAUUUAGACCAGCUCUUAAUGUGUGCCAUUUAUGUAAUAGCAAAGGUUACAAAAGAAGACACGUCAUUUCAGAACAUCAUGCGCUGCUAUAGGACCCAGCCACAAGCUAAGAGCCAAGUGUAUCGAAGUGUCCUGAUUAAAGGCAGAAGACGAAGACAUUCAGGCAACAGUGACAGCAAUAACCAGCAGAAUUCCCCAACUGAAAGAAACAAGGAUAGAACAAGCAGAGACUCCAGCCCAGUGAUGAGAUCUAGUAGCACCCUGCCAGUGCCACAGCCCAGCAGUGCUCCCCCUACUCCAACACGCUUGACUGGAGCAAACAGUGAAAUUGAGGAAGAAGAGCGCGGAGACCUGAUCCAGUUUUAUAACAAUGUCUAUAGUGACCGGAUUAAAGGCUUUGCCCUGAAGUACUCUUCAUCCAAUGGAGCUGAAGCUCCUCCCCUGUCUCCAUAUCCUUUUGUAAGAAGUGGCUCUCCCCGCAGAAUACAGCUUUCUCAGAAUCACUCGAUUUACAUCUCCCCUCACAAAAACGAGUCUGCACUUUCUCCACGUGAGAAAAUAUUCUAUUACUUUAGCAGCAGCCCAUCAAAGAGGCUUCAAGAGAUCAACAGUAUGAUUAGAACUGGGGAGACUUCAACAAAAAAGCGUGGCAUUGUCCUGGAGGAGGGGGCUGAAUCACCCGCCAAGCGCAUCUGCCCAGAAAAUCACACGGCCCUCCUGAGGAGGCUACAAGAUGUGGCAAAUGACAGAGGUUCUCACUGACCUGGAGUUUUAUUUCUUCUUUUCCAUCUGUUUUGUUGCCAGUAGUGACAGAGCUUGCAAUCCUAAUAUCUUUGAGGCACUUUCCAUGGGGAAAUGAAGUAUUUGAGCCCUUUCCUAGGAUGUGCUGCUUCUAGUACCAGGUGCACUGCAACUCUUGAAGAGGCUUCAGUCUACCAUACACCAGAGGACUGCAGCACUAUAAUCCUGCUGAGCUAGGAAGAAGUGGAGACCGUUUCCUCCAAUAGUCUUGAUGCUGGGACAGAAAAGGUCACACCAUCUCUUAACUUAGGUUAUGCGAGUGGCAAUGGCUACAGUUAAAACCACAGCUGUUUAAAUUUAUUGACUGAAGUGACUGAAAAUAAGUCAAGUAGAACACCUGCUGAUAACUAUUUUUCCUACUAAAUUGAGAACAUUAAUUUUUUGUGCUAUUUGGUAAGCCUAUCGGUGUAAUGCUUGGAAUCAGGAGGGAAAGGGUAAUUCAGAAGGUGAUGAUGGGACCGGUACUGUGACCUUGGCUACCUAUUUCAGGAAACUGGCAGUACUGAUGGCUCCAGCACACAUAGCAGGCUGUAGUUAAGACUACACUGGAGCUAGACUAGAAAUGGUAUUUUAGGCAGUCUUUUAGUCUUUUUAAUGUGCUCUUCCAGUAAUUAAGAUAAUGGGGGGCACUUUAUGUAUAUACAACACUUUGGAUUUUAGCUGUGCAAUGUUUUAAAUGAAUUCCUACCCAGAGUAACUCCUAAACAACUCUAAAGCAUUCUUUCGAAAUGUGGAUUAGAGGUGUGGCUACUUCACAAUGGCACUUUUUAAACAAAAUUAAAUAGCCAAACCAUAAUAUACAAGUAGUGCUGAAUUGCCUAAAUUGUAUUUAUUCUCAAAGUGCACACUCGUAAUGCUCAGCUUCUAUAUGAAGAUUUUCUAGGGUGUGAUUACCACUUGAGCAGCUUUUGACAUUAAAUUAUGCCUUUUGCAGAAAUGGCUUACCAUUAUGUUACAACAAUGCAGGGAUCCAAGUGCACUGCAAUGCUUAACCUAUAGACUGUUUUUACAAAUUAGCACUUUUAAGAAGAAAAUGGUGACAUGGACUUGCCAGCAUUCAGUUUGCACAAGUCAAAGCAGCUGAAAUUUGUCAUGAGUGAAACAAGCAAAAGGAGGCAGUGAAAAACGGUGCACAAUCGGCCAUCAAAUGGGUGAGUUUUAGAGUAGUGAGAUUACUCUUUUGUUAACUACCAGUGUUUCUGAGCAGUGGCCAUAUUGUGUUUCAAUGGUAGUGUACAAAUGUUUGCAGCAAAUCUACAGCAGUUUCAUCCCUUUCUAAGAUAAAAUCAAAACUGUUAAAGCCUGCAGCGUUUUACUUCUGAUUUGUUAGGUGACCAGCUCUAUAUAUAUAUAUAUAUAUAUAUAUAUAUAUAUAUAUAUAUAUAUAUACACAUACAUACACACUAGUAGUUUAUAGAACUUCCACCAGCAUUUAUCUUAGGAUAUUGAUUUAUUGUGUGAGUAAUAGUAUACCCUUGUAACUGCAGCUUCCUUGUACCAAAGAAUGAAUAUGAAAGAGGUAUAGUAUGCAAAGACAUCUCUAUACAUACAAGGUGGAAUCACCCUAAACAUACAUGACUUUUGAAGUGGUAUUUCUAGAACAUGCUUAAUUUUUAUUAGGCUAGGCCUAUGCCCUUUAGGGAUAUUUUUUAAAAAAAUCACUGCUGCAAAAACAAACUUACCUUUUUUCUUUAAGUAGACCAGUAAUCUGUCACCAACGAACUGCUGUCUCAGGCUGUACCCAACAGGUAUGAACCUCUGUAUACCUGCAUACUUGGUCGUGCUAGAAGCCAAGCCUGUCACAUAGCACAGGAGUCUUGGGACAACCUAUGUUUACUAACCAUAGUGAUUAGACUGAAAUUUUAAGGCGGCCUUUCUAUCUAACGUUGAAGUUGAUGAACUGAAACAUUUCCAAGGAACGAGUGACAAGACACAUUUUACCACGAUUGGUCUUUUAUUUUAAGAUGCCACUCUUAACACAUUAGUCAUGUCAGUCUCCAACCCUAGCUCUCCUUACAGAUUUUAUUAAAUCAACAAAUGUGCACAAUGAAGAGCACAGAUUUUUCUUCUAGUGGUAAAAAGCUCAAUGCGCUACAGUCCUGACUAAUGUGCAAAUUAAGGCUGCCUCUAACAUUACUUUGACACAUCUUAAGGCCACUGGUAUAAGAUGCCUGCAAACCACAUGAAGAAAAGGGUUAUACAUAUAUUUUCUUGAAAAUCCUUUGAGAUUUGCUAGCUGCAUCCGUUUAACUUUUCUACCAUAUGAUGCUUACAGGCAAUUGGGUUGUAGGUCUAAAGAUUGUUGAACAAGUUAUGUUAUAAGCAGCCUGUAGUGACAAUAUCUAUUUGGGGGAGGAAGGAAAAUUAGAUACACAUCAUACAUGCCAAUCUCAGCCUCACUGCCCCUAAAAGGGCUAGAAGGAAUCAGAACCAACUAUUUACAAAUUCCAUAUCCUAAUGUAUUUACAAUAGAAACCAAUGCAUUUAAAAGUUUUAAAUAUAGUAUUUUACUCUGCUAUAUUAGUUUACAUAAACACAGAUUACCUCUGGAAAGUGUUUUUCCCACCUGCUCUUUACAUUUUUUAAAAAAAAAACCUACCCCUGGAAGGAAAAUUUUAAAAGCUUUUAAAAGUAACCCGAUGAAGAACCUCAGAUAUUAGACCCCUGAGGCUUCCAUUACCCACCAGGGUGGACUUCACUAACUGGAGUCCAGCCUUGUUAAGAGCAACUUCCAACCUGCAGUUAAAACAUAUGUAAAAUACCAAGAGUCUGAGCAAUCCCAUUGAGCAGGUUUACUUGAGUCAUUGCUACCAUUUAACUCUUUACUAAUCCAAGUCAAGAAGGAAAGCCACUGCUUUGCUGUCUGGCUCUCCAUUACAUUCCCUCUUGCAGAAAGUGUUGAGUGCUUCGUCAUUCACAGGAACUAGGUAGGUAGAGUCUUUUCCUCUUUGCUGAAAGGCUGAACCGAGCCAGGCUUCACCCAUGAGAGGCCAGACACCUGCAUGCUUUUGCACUGUUGAUCCUCUGCCUUCUUCUAGGAAGAAGAAAGAGCGCCAUUAAGAUGAACUCAAUACUCGCAAAACAAUGGCAUUCAUAUUGAAUUGAAAGGGCUGCUUCACAUCAGCCAUACUUGAAAAGAAGCCCCACACACGCAACUGUACAUGCACAAUUCUGUUUCCUCAUGCACCAUGUUGCUGAUUCUUAAAAAGAUCUUUGGGGGGGGGGAGGCAUGAUUCAGCAAGAAUCCCCAUUCACAGCAUGUUUGCUAGUAUGUACAGGUCAUGGGAAUAUGCCCAACCUUAGGUGAGGUCAAGAUGUGCCUUCCUACAAAAGCAACAGGCAGGUAAGUCUCUAAAAAGAGAGACCCUAGGCAAACCACACAUCUUGAAGGGAGCUGUUUGCAAGAGCAUGUGAUAAGCAGUCAGCAAACUUCCUUUGCUGCUGCAGGAUCAGCGGAGACUGAGCUCCACCUUCUCUCAAGUACAUGUGAGCCACAGAGGAAGCAGCAGCAAACUGCUUCAAUAGUUAUUUCUCCCCCCUCCCCUGUUUCAAUGGCAUGUUAUUUUCAUUGAAUAGGGUUGUACAUUGUCCAGGGCUAUCAUUGACCCUCCUUUGGGAAAAGCCUCAAUCAGCUUCAGAGCAAGAAAAAUGCUUUAAAAUAAAGUGCCAGUAAGUAAAAAUGUAUAAGAGUGUCAAACACCCUACAGAUUUCAUAUAUCAAAAAAAAAAAUCCACAUGCACCUCAAACACUGCCAGGAAGAGGGCAGUCUGGG